CACCCCCCAACUGCCGGACAGACAGUCGGGUUGAGAACGCUGCAGCCUGCAGCCCUGGUGCCUAGAGACUCUCGGGGGCACCAUGGCCUCUCGCCUUCUGCACCGCCUCCGGCACGCCCUAACCGGAGAGGGCUCGGGAGAGCCGACCCCAAGCGCAGAGGCCGAGGAAUUCCCGGAGAGCUCCGAGCUCGAGGAGGAUGAUACCGAAGGCUUAUCCACACGCCUCAGUGGCACCCUGAGCUUCACCAGCACUGAAGAUGAUGAGGAGGAAGAGGAAGAGGAGGAAAACGGGGAUCCCCUGGGAUCAGGGGCUGCCCUGGGCCGAAGGCUUAAGAGUCCUGGAGAAGACAGCCCGGGGGAGGAUGGAGAUCGGAAUCCCCCCUCAGAUGGGCCCCGAGGCAGUAACCUCUUGACUCGACAACUGCAGGACUUCUGGAAAAAGUCAAGAAGUAACCUGGUACCUCAGCGGCUGCUCUUUGAAGUGACCAGUGCCAACGUCAUCAAUGAGCCACCCUCCAAGUACGUGCUCUACACCAUCGCCCUGAUAGGCCCUGGGCCACAGGAACAUGUGCCAGCCCAAAUUUCUCGGCGCUACUCAGACUUUGAACGACUACACCGACAACUUCGACAGCAGUUCCGUGGUCCCAUGGCUGCAGUUUCCUUUCCCCGAAAACGCCUACGGCGGAAUUUUACUGCUGAGACUAUUGCCCGACGAAGUAGGGCCUUUGAACAAUUCCUGGGGCACCUGCAGGCUGUGCCUGAGCUUCGUCAGGCACCCGACCUCCAGGACUUCUUCAUUCUGCCCGAGCUGCGACGAGCACAAAGGCUUACUUGCACAGGCCUCUACCGUGAGGCCCUUGGGCUCUGGACUAAUGCCUGGCACCUACAAACCCAAUUGGGCACUACAGUAGGUGCCCAUCGGACGCUGUUGACAUUGGUAGGCCUAGCUGUGUGCCACCAAGAGCUGGAGCAGCCCAGUGAGGCUCGGUUGAGUUGUGAGCAGGCUCUUCAGCUGCUGGAGGCUAGUGAUUCCCAUCCGCUGCUGGGACCUUUUCUUGAGGCUCAUGUUCGUCUCUCCUGGAGGCUUGGCAUUGACAAACGACAGUCAGAGGCCCAGCUCCAGGCCCUUCAAGAAGCUGGCCUCACCCCCAUUCCACCCCCCAGCCUAAAAGAACUGCUUAUCAGGGAGGCUCUGGACUAAAUGGCCUUUCCCUCUAUCCUGACAGGGAUGUUUGGUGAGAAGCUGUGGGAAUAGAGACUGAAAGGUAUCCAAAAAAAGGAUGGUGGGAAGUAGAUUCUAGGAUCAUAGGAUUCAGAUGAGAUCUUAGAGAUUCUUUAGUCUAACCCCUCUGGAUCUAUUUCCUUCUCUAUAAAAUGGUAUAUAAUUUGUCCCAGGUUACACAGGGUAUUCAGUAGCAGACCUCAAAUUUGAACCUAGGUUUCUUGGACUGUGGACUCAUUUCCUUUCAGCUUCUGUCACCAUUUUGCUAUGCCCUUGACCAGCCUAGUGUAGCUGUGGUCAGCCUUACCUGUAGGUGGCAGAGAUGGGAAUCAGAGAUGUCUACCAUAUCUCAAUCAAGGAGCAGCCAUGGGCUUCUCCCCAGGUUAAGUCCACUGCCACGACUCCAUCCAUUCUCCCUUUCCUGUCAACUUUGAGGGAUAGUUCCCUCAAAAAGCCAAGAGUGGUAGAGCAACUGCUCUAGCCAAGAAGAAUAAAAAAGUUGACUCCUCCAA